CCAAGCCUCUCCCCUACUCGCAGCCAACCAAACAUUCUCAAUCUCUUCCAUGACGACAAAAAGCUGAGAAAUCACAGCUCUCUUCCAUCUUCCAAGACGGAGAAUUCUCUCCCCUCAAAAGUCCGACCUCUAUACACCACUUCCUUUCUACAGAGCCAUCAUCAGACAUAUAACUUCAAGUUCCCCCAUCACGAUCAUCAUGACCUCCCAAGCUCACCACCACCUCCUCACUUCUUCCCACCCUCCUUGAUUUCCCCCAAGAAACCACCACAAUCCAAUAAAUCAAUAACCAACACCCAGACAACAUGUCACUCAACAUCCCCAACCCAACCCUCCCCCCAGCCUCCACAAUCGUCCUCACAGGCGCAAACGGCUACAUCGCAAGCCACAUCGCAAACCAACUCCUCCUCCAAGGCCACCACGUCCGCGGCACCGUCCGCUCCCCGUCCAAAACAUCAUGGCUAGCCGCCCACUUUGACAAAACCUACGGCCCCGGCAAAUUCACCCUCCACGAGGUCGCCGACGUCGAGAAGGACGGGGCGUUUGACAACGUCGUCGAUGGCGCCGACGCAGUAAUCCACACCCUAGCAAUAAUGAACUUCUCCCCCAACGGCCCAACCCCCGGGGAAACAAUAACCUCAAAUGUAAACGCAACCCUUUCCAUCCUCCGCUCCGCAGCCCGCUUCACCGCUCCCUCCCCAGACAAACCGGGCGUAAAACGCUUCAUCUACACCUCUUCCUCGGGCGCGGCCGCCAUGCCCCGUCCCGGAGAACCCUACACCGUAGACGCGACCUCCUACAACCACCAGGCCGUCGCCAUCGCCCUCUCCGGAAAGGGGCCCAAGGGUAUGGCGGGCGGGUACAUCACCUACUCCGCCGCAAAGACCAGGGCCGAGCUGGAGUUGUGGAAGUGGUAUGAGGAAGAGAAGCCUGGGUUUGUCUUGAAUUCGAUCGUGCCCAAUGCCGCACUGGGCAAGGUCCUCCUCCCGGAACACCAAGGCUUCCCCACUGCCGUUGGCGCAAUGCGACCCCUCUGGCAGGGAAAUGUCACGCCUGAGUUCGUCGCAAUGUUCCCAGCUCAAUGGUACUGCGACGUCAUCGAUAUAGCUCGAAUCCACAUUGCAGCACUCCUCCUCCCAGACGUCCAGUCCGAACGCCUCAUUGCCUACGCGGGCAAGUUCAACAUCAACGACCUCCUCGCCGCCUUCCGCCAAAUCCAACCAGACCGAACCUUCCCCGACGACCUUCCCGAUCUCGCCUCCGAUAAGGGCACUAUUGCCAACGAAAGAGCCACUCAGCUGAUGGAACGUCUUCAGGGUGGCAAGGGCUGGACGAGCUUGAAAGAUUGCCUGGCGCCGUUGGCUGAGCAGUAUGCAGCGGCUGAGGCGGAAUCAAAGUGA